GCACUCCCUCUCUGUGCAGUCCCAGAGAGAAUACUCGCGCAGCAUGGACAAGCCUCAGCAGCCCAGCUCCUUCCAGCAGCUGGAGAAGCUCGGUGAGGGAACCUAUGCCACAGUCUUCAAAGGCCGCAAUCGGCAGACCGGCGAGAUGGUGGCUCUGAAGGAAAUACACCUUGAUUCGGAGGAAGGCACCCCGUCGACGGCGAUUCGCGAGAUCUCGCUGAUGAAGGAGCUGAAGCACGAAAGCAUCGUCUCGCUGUACGAUGUCAUCCACACCGAAAACAAGCUCAUGCUCGUGUUCGAAUACAUGGACCGAGACCUGAAACGCUACAUGGAUACCAAGGGAGACCACGGCUCGCUGGACUACAUCACGAUCAAAUCGUUCAUGCACCAGCUCUUGCGGGGCAUUGCCUUCUGCCACGAGAACCGCGUCCUACACCGUGACCUCAAACCACAGAACCUCUUGAUCAACAAGAAAGGCCAGCUCAAGCUCGCCGAUUUCGGUCUAGCCCGUGCGUUUGGUAUUCCCGUCAAUACCUUCUCUAACGAAGUCGUCACGCUCUGGUAUCGCGCCCCCGACGUCCUCCUCGGCAGCCGCACGUACAACACGAGCAUCGACAUCUGGUCUGCUGGGUGUAUCAUGGCAGAGAUGUAUACAGGCCGUCCACUGUUCCCCGGCACCACCAACGAAGACCAACUGCAAAAGAUCUUCCGGCUGAUGGGCACACCCUCGGAGCGCUCCUGGCCAGGCAUCUCCCAGUUCCCAGAAUACAAGCCCAACUUCCACGUCUACGCGACGCAGGAUCUGAGACUCAUUCUCCCACAAAUCGAUCAAUUGGGGUUGGAUCUACUGACGCGCAUGCUUCAGCUGCGUCCAGAAAUGCGAAUCAGUGCCGCUGACGCUCUACGACAUCCAUGGUUCAACGAUCUACCCCAACUCCAGGUGCAGCUGCAUCAGCAGCAACAACAAUCACAAAUGGCGGGCUAUGGCAAGAUGGUUGCCGCACAGCCUGGAUACUAGAUGUCAAAUGGGGAGUUAGUUUGGGGUUCAAUUGAUGGGACACAUUGUCAUUGCAGGGCUAGGCGUUAUACCCGAGAAAUGCGGUUUAUCUUUUACUAUAUUCAGUAAUUCAUAUUAUCAUCGUAUGGAUUUCAGACUUCUCUAUGAGCUCUAGUAAGAUAGUCAUUCGUAUUGAUUUUGUUAAAUUCUUUUCUCUGUUUCCAUUCUAGAUAAUUUUCGCGACGCAUCAGAUAGGCUGAAAGUCAAA